AAGGAGGAGGAGGAGGAGGAGGAGGAGGAAGGAGGAGGAGGAGGAGGAGGAGGAGGAGGCGGCGGCGCGAUGCCGGCGGCGGCCGGGGGGCUGCUGUGGUGGAGCUGCUGCGUGCUGGCGGCGGCCGCCGGGGCUCCGCGGGCGGCUGCGGCGCAGGCAGUGUGUGCUGGCACCGAGAACAAGCUGAGCUCCCUCUCGGACCUGGAGCAGCAGUACCGGGCCCUGCGCAAGUACUAUGAGAACUGCGAGGUAGUUAUGGGCAACCUGGAAAUCACCAGCAUCGAGCACAACCGAGACCUCUCCUUCCUGCGGUCUAUCAGAGAAGUCACAGGCUAUGUUUUGGUGGCUUUGAAUCAAUUUGAAUACCUGCCAUUGGAGAACCUGCGCAUCGUUCGUGGGACCAAACUCUAUGAAGACCGAUAUGCUUUGGCGAUAUUUCUUAACUACAGAAAGGAUGGUAAUUUUGGACUCAGGGAACUUGGCUUGAAGAACUUGACAGAAAUACUGAAUGGAGGGGUGUAUGUUGGCCAGAACAAAUUUCUUUGCUUCGCAGACACCAUUCAUUGGCAGGAUAUUGUGCGUAACCCCUGGGCCUCCAACUUCACUUUGGUUCCAACGAAUGGCAGCUCGGGAUGUGGUCGAUGCCACAAAUCCUGCACAGGCCGAUGCUGGGGACCCACAGAAAAUCACUGCCAGACCUUAACCAAGACAGUGUGUGCAGAGCAGUGUGAUGGACGGUGCUAUGGGCCCUACGUCAGCGACUGCUGCCACCGGGAAUGCGCUGGAGGCUGUUCCGGACCUAAAGACACUGAUUGCUUUGCCUGCAUGAAUUUCAAUGACAGUGGUGCAUGUGUGACGCAGUGCCCGCAGACAUUUGUGUACAAUCCCACCACCUUCCAACUGGAACAUAAUCACAAUGCCAAGUACACGUAUGGGGCUUUUUGCGUCAAGAAAUGCCCACACAACUUCGUGGUCGAUUCCAGUUCUUGUGUUCGUGCGUGUCCGAGCUCUAAGAUGGAGGUUGAAGAAAAUGGUAUUAAGAUGUGCAAGCCCUGCACUGACAUUUGUCCUAAAGCAUGUGAUGGCAUUGGAACAGGGAGUUUAGUGUCAGCUCAGACGGUGGAUUCCAGCAAUAUUGACAAGUUCAUAAACUGUACCAAGAUCAAUGGCAACCUUAUCUUCCUCGUUACUGGGAUUCACGGGGAUCCAUACCACACAAUCGCCGCUAUUAAUCCGGAGAAAUUAAAUAUCUUCCAAACAGUGAGAGAAAUAACAGGGUAUUUGAAUAUACAGUCGUGGCCUGAGAAUAUGACGGAUUUCAGGGUGUUUUCUAACUUGGUUACAAUUGGUGGAAGAGCUCUAUAUAGUGGCCUUUCCUUACUCAUCCUAAAGCAACAAGGCAUUACCUCUUUGCAGUUCCAGUCCUUGAAGCAAAUCAGUGCUGGCAACAUCUACAUAACAGACAACAGCAAUCUGUGCUACUACCACACAGUCAACUGGACCAGCCUUUUCAGUACGCCCAGUCAAAAGACGGUGAUUCACCGAAAUAAAAAAGCAGAGAACUGCACUGCCGAUGGGAUGGUGUGUAAUGAGUUAUGCUCAAGUGACGGCUGCUGGGGACCAGGGCCAGACCAGUGUCUCUCCUGCAAGCGUUUCAUCAGGGGAAGGACCUGCAUAGAGUCUUGUAACCUGUAUGAUGGGGAAUUUCGUGAAUUUGCAAAUGGAUCUGUCUGUGUGGAGUGUGAUCCCCAGUGUGAAAAGAUGGAAGACAACAUGAUCACGUGCUACGGGCCGGGACCUGACCACUGCACAAAGUGUUUCCAUUUUAAGGAUGGUCCGAACUGUGUGGAGAAAUGUCCUGAUGGCUUACAGGGGGCAAACAGUUUCAUUUUCAAAUACGCCGAUGAGGAUCGUGAGUGCCAUCCGUGUCAUCCAAACUGCACCCAAGGGUGUAGAGGUCCCGCUAGUCAUGACUGCAUUUACUAUCCAUGGACACGACAGUCCACUUUACCACAACAUGCUAGAACCCCUCUGAUUGCUGCUGGAGUUAUUGGUGGCCUCUUCAUCAUCGUCAUUGUGGGCCUGACAUUUGCUGUGUAUGUUCGGCGCAAGAGCAUUAAGAAGAAGAGAGCGUUGCGAAGGUUCCUGGAGACUGAGCUUGUGGAACCCUUAACUCCAAGUGGCACAGCACCCAACCAAGCACAGCUUCGUAUCCUGAAGGAAACUGAACUGAAACGAGUCAAAGUUCUUGGCUCUGGAGCCUUUGGAACUGUAUACAAGGGUAUUUGGGUCCCCGAGGGAGAAACUGUAAAGAUUCCUGUGGCCAUUAAGAUCCUUAACGAGACCACUGGUCCCAAAGCCAAUGUGGAGUUUAUGGAUGAAGCUCUGAUCAUGGCUAGCAUGGACCACCCCCACCUGGUGAGACUUCUGGGUGUCUGCUUGAGCCCGACCAUUCAACUAGUCACUCAGCUGAUGCCUCAUGGCUGCCUGUUGGAUUAUGUUCAUGAACAUAAGGAUAAUAUUGGCUCCCAGCUUCUGCUAAACUGGUGUGUCCAAAUAGCCAAGGGAAUGAUGUACCUGGAAGAGAGGAGACUUGUGCACCGGGACUUGGCAGCCCGUAACGUCUUGGUGAAAUCGCCAAACCACGUGAAGAUCACUGACUUUGGCCUGGCAAGACUUCUGGAAGGGGAUGAGAAGGAAUAUAAUGCUGAUGGAGGGAAGAUGCCAAUUAAGUGGAUGGCUCUGGAGUGUAUACACUACAGGAAAUUUACCCAUCAGAGCGAUGUUUGGAGCUACGGAGUCACUAUCUGGGAGCUUAUGACCUUUGGUGGAAAGCCAUACGAUGGGAUCCCGACUCGAGAGAUCCCUGACCUCUUGGAGAAGGGAGAGCGGUUGCCCCAGCCUCCAAUCUGCACUAUUGACGUUUAUAUGGUGAUGGUGAAAUGCUGGAUGAUUGAUGCUGACAGUCGGCCUAAAUUCAAGGAGCUGGCUGCUGAAUUCUCUAGAAUGGCUCGAGACCCUCAAAGGUACCUGGUAAUUCAGGGAGAUGAUCGUAUGAAACUACCAAGCCCAAAUGACAGUAAGUUCUUUCAAAACCUUCUCGAUGAAGAAGACCUGGAAGAUAUGAUGGAUGCUGAAGAGUAUCUUGUUCCUCAAGCCUUCAAUAUCCCUCCUCCCAUCUACACUUCCAGGACAAGAAUUGAUUCCAACAGGAGUGAAAUUGGACACAGCCCUCCUCCUGCCUACACCCCUAUGUCAGGAAACCAGUUUGUGUAUAGAGAUGGCGGCUAUGCUGCAGAGCAAGGAGUGCCGAUGCCAUACAGAGCUCCUGGCUGCAUAAUCCCAGAAGCCCCAGUUGCUCAAGGGGCCACAGCAGAGAUCUUUGAAGACAGCUGCUGUAACGGCACGCUGCGAAAACAAGUGGCCACCCUGGCAAAAGAGGACAGCAGCACCCAGAGGUACAGCGCUGAUCCCACAGUCUUCAUACCUGAGCGGGUCAUCCGGGGAGAGCUGGAUGAGGAUGGGUACAUGACGCCGAUGCGAGACAAACCUAAAACAGAUUACCUAAACCCAGUGGAAGAGAACCCAUUUGUCUCCCGACGAAAGAACGGAGAUCUCCAAGCUGUGGACAACCCAGAGUACCACAACACUCCAAACGGGCAGCCCAAAGCUGAGGAUGAGUACGUGAAUGAGCCAUUGUACCUCAACACUUUUGCAAACACCUUGGAAAACGCUGAGUACCUGAAGAACAAUUUGCCAGAGAAAGCCAAGAAGGCCUUUGACAACCCAGACUACUGGAAUCACAGCCUGCCCCCUCGAAGCACCCUCCACCACCCGGACUACCUGCAAGAGUACAGCACAAAAUACUUUUACAAACAGAAUGGACGGAUCCGGCCCAUUGUGGCAGAGAAUCCUGAAUACCUCUCUGAGUUCUCCCUGAAGCCUGGCACUGUGCUGCCCCCGCCACCCUACAGACACAGAAAUACAGUGGUGUAGUAACCACGGUCUUACAGAAGUGGAAAGGCAACCCCUUCUAGCUGCCUCACUCUUUUUCUCCCUCCUUUUCCCUUCUCCCCUCCCUACCUCCCUUUCUUUCUCCCAUGAGCUUCCUCUACUUGCCAGUUCACUCAUUUUUGAUAUUUCCAAGUCAAAGGAUGUCUUGGAGUCAUUUGCAGAUUUGGGUUGGGAACCUGAAAGGAAGGAAAGAGACUGAAAGGAGGAGUGUACAGCCUGGCGCUUCUCGCUUCCCGCAGAUCUGAGGGUCAGACGGUCGGAGAAAGCCAGGCGGUACCGUAAGGGCAGUGGCAGUGUUCCUGCUGUCGAGCUGGUUCUCAGUGAUUCAGCCCAGCCACUGCAGGGAAAGCCGCAGAGAAGCUGUCUCUGUCAGGAGGAACUGAUGAGAGUCUGUACAGCAUUCCUGGAAAUUUCAAUGCAGUUUCCAUUGGGGGAAAAACGGACAUUUUUUAUAUCAUGUGUGAUAGCAUAGUAAUUGAGAUUGAGAAUCCAGUUUCUUUCUCUAACACUUUCUAUCCCAGCGACCGGAAAUGGCUAACCUGGCUUUUCAUAAUCAUUCAGAUCUUCAUCGUGGCUUUCCAAGAAAUGAUGAUGUGACUCUAAUAGCCGGCUAAACCCUUAUUCUGAGCCACACCAUGAUUUUGUGCCACUUCGGUAACCACGGGGACUCCAGCUCAGAACUGGUGCAUGACAUGACCAUUUUUGUAUAUCUGCCAACAGGACAAACGUUUUAAAGAGAAAAAUCCUUUCAGAAAGGAGUAAGAAGACCCCAUCUCCAACCUGUUCUUCUUGAAGUUAAAAGACAGGCCAAGAAAUCAAGAUUUGUAUGUAAAAAGUUUUGUUUUCCUGUUUAUACCUGCUGAACAUAGGUACGUAAACAGACCCAAACAAAUUCUUCCCUCUUUUUCUUCUUCACGAUCAUGACGGGAGUAGGGGAUGCUGUCAGGCAACACUGAGGACCAGAUGGAGAACUGGAGAGUUUGGUGUGGGUCACGAAGCCUGCUGGUGUUCUGUGGGGUGGCGGUGGGAAGGGUCCUUCAAACUGGAAGAAAGACACUGGACUGGAGAAAACGCACAUAGCAGUUCACUGGAAAGUUAGUUUGCACUUAAGCUCCGAUUUUAUUUGAACUGUUUUCUGGAUUUUGAAUGAAGCAAUAUGGAAGUGACCAGCAAAAUACAAAAUAAUAAUUUUAAGUUAAAAAAAAAAAAGUGAAUUAUAUGUAAAGGAUGACUGUGGAAAUGCCAAAAUGAAGCAAACCGAGUCUUUGGAACAAUGUCCACCAGUUCUGAGAGGCCAUUGCAUUGACUGCUUCAGAGAAUACAGUGACAGAGCAACCACCUUACUGCUGCCAAGUGACAGCAGAGCAAGCCCUGAAAGGGAUCGGUGGAGAUGAAUGCCUUGCUCCGGCUUGCAGUACAGCACAGAAUGCUUUUUUCUAACAGGAGGCUUACUCUUGCACAGAAGAAAGCGCAUACGAGGUUUGAGAAGUCAAAAUGUGCAUGACUUGCAGAGCUUUCAGUCAAAAAGUGUAAAUAAGUAUAAUUCAGUCUCCUUGCACUUAGAUCUGCUUUCAUCAGCCUCAGUUUUUAGGCAGACACCCCGCACACACACCCUCCUCUGUUUGGAAAUAACUUUCAGCCACAGUCCUGGAUGUUUUUAGCAACCUGAGGCAGAUGGAGCUGGGAAGGGUGCAGAAGGGGCCAGUGACACUGACGGCUGGCUCCUGAUGUGCCGAGACCUGUGCAUAAGAGCAUUUGCAUACCUAGUUCCCACUGAAAACCUUAAGGACAUAUUAAGUACCCCUGUAGAUCUGUCUGUGUCUCUAUCCGUUAAGGCUUUUAAAGGGGAAGAAAUAAUACCUGUUGGAGGGCAAUCUUAAGCGAAUAAUACCAGUUGGAGAGCAGUGUUAAAUGAUGCAACAGUAUUUCAGUUUAUGCACUUCACUACUAUUAAAGUCAAGACCUUGGGGUAAUCUGGAAACAAAACCAGCAAUAUCUGGUGGUCUUGGAAUUGUACCAAGUUCCUCUAGAAUCCUGCCAUAUGAACAGCUUGCCACCUUUAACCAUAAGGGAGCAGAGGAAGGAGUAAGAGACAUGCACUAUUUACCCAAAUCUUGGUGGCUCAGGGUCAGCUUGAUAAAGGUAUGAAGAGAUUUCAAACCUGGGUUGGUUGGUAGGCUUGGAGGUGGAAAGCAAAUGUGUGUCAUCAGUCAGGGUUGGUUCUGCCAACAACCUGCUUCUGUGCCACGUGUGUUGAGGCCAGCUCAAGCCAGCUGAGCUGCACUCCAGCUGCGGGGCAGGUGCUAGACCUGUAAAUGCAGUAUGGAGCUGGGGAGCCCGAAAACUGCAAGGGCAAGUACGGAGCUUUGAAGCUAUUGGAAGGAGAUGUUGGGUCAGGUGCUACCAAGGCGGUGCGUGGUGGUGGAACAAAGUGACCCGCGGAGCACUGAGGUGGGAUCGAUGGCCCGUGAGCAUCACGCGUCCCAGAGGCCUUGUCUCCUCCCAGCGCCCUCCCGUAACUACUCAUUAUUUGUGAUAGGAGACAGAGGCAGGGAGCUGGAUGGCAGAGGUGUGGCAGGAAGUCCUGCAGACAUCACUCCCGGAAGGUUUGCUGGUAGUGCUCAUGGUGUCAUCUGAAGUACGGCCAAAGGUACGGGAGGUUGGGCAACAAUUGCCAAGCUGCUUGGGGACAAGAACCGGCACGAGCACGGAUGCCUGGCAGUACGGCAGCAGCUUAGGUGAUACAGGUGGGUGGAGUAGAGGAGAGAAGGCACGGGAUGGUUUGUCCCGCAGCAAGGCCUUAUAACAGAGUAACUCCUAAUGGAGAAAGAACCUGGUGGUAAGCUUGUGUCUGAAUUCAAAGAGGGGCAUGCAAAGGCUACUGGGGAGACGUGCUCAAAUCCCCAAAACCCGACAGGAUGGUGCUAGGGUGUAGCUGCUAAUGGAAGGUGAAGGCCUGCUUGUUUCUCGGGUAAUUAAGUAGUACUGGUAUUAGAAUAGUCAAUAUGUAAAUAAUUGUGUUCUUUAACAAUUUAACAUGUCUUAGAAAACUUGAAUUAUUUAUUAAAUUUAAUCAUUGACUAUGGGUAUGAUGUAGUAUAUUAGGUAGUGUGGAAACACAGCGGUUCCUUGAAGUGAGGCUGAGUAGUGCUCGAUGCAGAGGGCACACAAGGGAUCAAUGAACACAGCAGUCUGUGAUGAUGGAAAACUCAACACACUGCAGCUUAACAAAUGGGCAUUCUUUUUCCAAGCUUUUGGUUUGAGUUGCAAUUACCAAAAAUGUUCCUUGCAUUUCCUGCUGCGCCUGUAGUUGUCCUUUGUUGCAGUGUAUGGACGUGCAUGGUGCUGAGCACCUGGUUAACCAUUUUCUUCCUCCCACUAAGAAUAACACAGCCCCUAAGCAUAUGCCUGUCCAUUGAAACAGGAAUUUCUCAGAACUGGUAGGUUUUUGUCCUUUUGCCAAAAAUUGCGUUGAACCAUGGUUAAAGGAGAAACAGCUAAACUAAGAGCAAAACUGUCUUUUUUAAUCUAAUCAGCAAAAAUACCCGCCUGGCCGUAACUCGUGUGUUUGCAUUAGUGGUUAUAGCUGCUAUUUUGGAGCAAGGAACUCAGACAAAUAUACAUGAAAAAACAGGGCAAAUAUUCAACUAUUACAUUGUGAAAGAUGAAGUUCAGGCUUUGUAAGGAAUAUUCACAGGUUUGUGGGAAGAAACGGGGUAUUUUCAGCCACAAACUGCAUUUUGUCAGCACAAAGCAGUAGGUGAGAGCAUGGGCAGAAUUAUUUUCUCCAGCUCUGAUAAAUUCUCUGGUUCUAUAAUGGUAUCUAUACACACCACUGUCAGUUUUUAUGGAUUUUAUAAUGCAGACACCUAUUUAUAAAUGUUUUCCUUUCGCUUAUCAUAGCACGUACGAUGGAAGAGCAGUGAAUAACUUUUCAAGAGCAGAUACCUGCAUGUGUAUCAGCCUUUGUCCAAGGCACAAAGCACACGUGCUAAAUGAAGGAGAACAACAGCUUCUUUUACCUAAUCUCUUGCAGUGAUACUUGUCUUAGAUGUUACCUGCCUAGCUGAGGGCUAUUUCAAACAGAUGUGGAAGCUGGAUUGAUUUGCUGUAACGUAAUUGACUGAAAUCAACUUCUCCUAACUUCCUUUUUCAGUUCUUUUUCAAAUUUUUCUGUACAAUAGCUACGGAGAUGUGCUUACAUGGCCAUUUGCUCAGAUGUAGCAGAGUAUUUACAACUUGUUUUCAAACAGGUCAUCCCUCCCAGGUAGCAAGCAAUGGAAAUAAAUCUGAGUGUGUAUCAGCGGUAGGAGCUACCACAUGGAUCUGUGUCAGGUACCUUAAGCUCAGCCCAGAGAUCUUUCUACAGAAAAAAAAGGUUGUGUAGACCCUGUUUUUUUACCACUUAGUAGAAAAUGUAUUCUUGGCUGUGGGAGUUGUAUGCAGUGAUCUCAUUUCUUGUGUUUCUCUGGGUUAAUGAGGAGAGGUGUUCCCUUCCUGUCCAAAGGGCAACUUCUGAUAAGCCCAGAAACUGGGUGCGAGGGGCAGUUGUGUUUACGUGCUGCGGGGGCCAGGCAGUCUGCACACAUGCAGGCUUGUUUCCAAUCGAGAUUUGGGUUGGAAUUACACAGGAGCAUUCCUCUGCCCUCCGCCACCACUAGGCCCAGCCUCAACACAAGGAAAACGGCAGUUCUGAAAGACCAGCGUGGCCCCGACUGCUCCAAAACCUGCUGGAGCCGGGCAGUCCAGGUGGGGAGUGCCAGCUGUGACAUGGGCCUGGAAAUAAAGCUUGGGGGGUGGGUUUUUUGGUGCAUAUGUUCUUGAUUGUUUUUUGUCCUUUUUUUUUUUUUGAGGCUAGGCCUACAUGGGAAACUCAGGUGUUAACAAAAAAUCUGAUAUUGUUUUUCUGAUGGGGUGUCUGUGGAGGUGCGGUGUCCUGUGUUACGGUGGUGGUGCAAACGAAGGGCCUACGUGGGCUCUGUUGGGCUGUGAAGGAGAUGAGGCUUUGGUACAAGGCAGUGCUGGGUUCUCCUGGUCCUGCAAAUCCCAAGGUAACAAAGCCUGGCUGCCUCGAGGAGCCCUGUGCACCCCGGGCAGGAAUCUCUCCAGAAACCAACAGGCACUGUGGCACACACGUCUGUCUGUCCACCCUUUUGGUGGCAGGGAGUGGGAAUUAAUGUCACUGCCCCAAGGACCAGCAGCUGGAGCAUCUGCUUCAGCGGGAAGGGGCGCGCCGCUCUCCCGCUGGGCUCUAUUCUCCCUUGUUCUGCACAAGUGGGGAAUCAGGUUUUCCACCCAAUCAGAUUUCAAAUUUUGGAAGCUCAAGUAGGUGUUCUGCUUCGAAGGCUCUUUAGCAUGAGGGGGACUGGUACAAAAUAGGUUUUAGCAAGAACCGGAGUCAGGCCUCAGGUUAUUGGUAACCUCUUUGGCUCUUAAAGACCACCUUAAAGGAGACAGCAUCACCCGGAGUUCUUCUGUAUUUUCUACAAGAUGUUUUUACAUGCAAUAACAUAAAAAGACUGUUCAUUUCUAGAUCUGUCAGUUGUAAUGUUCCCAUUACCCUGGAUUGUAAACCUCUGCUGCUGACAAAACAGCUCGUCUGUUACACAUCCUGGAUUUGGGUUCGGAUGUGACUUCAGAAAGCCAGGGCUGUGCAUGGGCAGGGCUUGGGGGGCUGCAGGGUUCACGCUUCCUCACGGGACGGGAAGCACAGUCAUCCACCAGGGCAGCCUCUGCAGCUUGGCUGCUUGGAGCAUGCCCCCACUUCAUUUUUUCUCUUUUGCUAAGUGGUAUGCGAGUAGAAAUGGCCACCGUUACAAACCAGGAAUAAAUAACGAAGUCCCAUAGUUAGAAGCACCACUUUGAAAUGUGCAAAAAUGAUUUGUGUCCACCCUCAUUUUAUUUUAGCACAAGGUCAUGCUCCUACCAUUCUGUGCAUUAGGACCUGAUGAUGCUAGUAGGCUCACUGCUCUUGGGGACAGGACUGAAGGUAAGGCUGUCUGCAUUGCCCUGUGGCGUCAGCUGGGAUCAGUGUGUAGGUCUGGGCAAUGCAGAGCAUCUUCUGGGGAAGCUGGCAGGUGUUAAAGCCCAACUGGUGAUGCUGGGACACGGUGGGACUUACCUGAACUGCAGGCAGGUUCUUCUUGUGACCAGCACCAGGCUGAAGAAGCGGUCCCACCCGAGGCAUCCUCCAGUUAGGGGCUGUGCUGAGAAAGAAGGAGGAGGUGUGAGAGCAGCAGCUAAGGUUGCUUCCCCAAUGAGGAAGUGAGAGCAGUCAGUGCUAUGUUUUUUUUCUCCUUUAUUUUGAGAGAGCCCUUUGGACCUUGGUAGAGAAGGGUUUUAAAGAGAGGCUUGUAAGGUAUUACACCAUGUGAGUAGUUACGUCCCAGUUCUUUCCCCUCCCCAGUAAAGAAAAAAAAAAAAAAGCCAUGAAGUUGUGCUCCAAGCGCAUCGUGCACGAAGCCACCAGGGCAGAGGUGCACCUUGCACAGCACCCUCUUGCUGACAGCUCAGGGCGGUUGCUGCAACCAGGGCACAUGCGUACAUCCAGCUUCCGCUGCCACCGCAGCGCCACUGUCCCCACGCCCUGCCCAGGCUUUGAGCCCUCUUAGGGAUAAAAGCACUGUAUUGUCCAUAGCACUCCGAAGACUAACCCUUUUGGGAUAACCACAGUAAGAAACUGUGAAUGGUAUUUUAUAAGUAAGUGUAGAUAUGUAUGCCGUUCUUUUGAGGUAAGGUACUAUGACAUAUGUAGCAUAAACUGGUACUGUUGUUAAAUGGGUCGAUUAUUAACUGAGCAGCUGUGUAAGGGGUAGCUAACUUUGAAUGCACUACAACCAAUGUUCCUUUGGAGACAGGGACUGAAGGUAUUUGCUGGGUACGUGUCUUCAUGGUGGGGUAUGUUGAGGAGAAAAUGCAGAUCGAAGAAAAAUCACAGUUAUUUAAUAGCAUUUCGUGUUGGAAAUUGGUGCACAUUCUGUACAUUAUCCACAGUGGUUUUCACCUAUUUUGUUUUGGCCCAGUUUUUGAAAUUUCCCCAACAUCCUAAAUAGGAAUUUCUAAAGAGGUAGCAGCCCUAGUGUAUGGAGGGGAAACUGAGGGGAAAAAGAAGUCUGUUUCUAAGAGCAGACUAUCCAAAACAACCUAUCCAAAAUAGAUUUCUUUACCUUGCAGUCUCAAACUACGUAUUCCUCAUGGUGAGGCUCAAAUUCCCAAGCCUGGAGGACGACAUUGCUGCCCCCUCAAAAUCCAAGGCUGGGCCCGGUCUGGGAGGCGAAGCAGGAAGAGCACAGAGUUCCUGCGAGGUGGGCGCCCCUCGCAGCACCUCCCAGACCAGCACAGCUGCCUGCCAGCAGGUAGGCGAGGCAGGAGUGAGGAGGGUUUUUAGGCAAUUCUCCAUGUGUUUAUAGUGCACAGAGGUGUUACACACUAACUACUUCUGCCUUAUGAAGUACCUUUGGAAGAAGAGAAGCAUCAGCAUGUUGGGGAAGACACUCAUUUCGUGCAGAGUGAUGCAUUCAGAGUUAGCUGCCUUUCUGAAACAAAAAUACAAAAACUACUGUAUGUUACUUUGAAAAUGUGAAUAGUAUUUUUAUAGCUUGUUAAAGACACAGCUAGUUGCAUUUGUAAAUAAGGAUAAUGUUGCUUUUAUUUUCCUUGUGGACACCAUUAUUUGGAACAUAAUUGUCCUUAGGGUUGAUUUGUAUAUAGGUAAUUUGCUUGUGAUUUAUGCCGCUCCUCCCCUUUUCUUUCUUUCCCUUCCCACCCUCUGGUUUUGAUUAGAAAUACCAUUUUUGGCAUUCUGUGUGAUUCUGUGUUUUAGCACUAUUGUGGUGUGUUCAGACUUUCUGCACUUGCUUACACAGUAGGGUAUGCCAAUUGUGUGUGGCGUAAUGUUACUUUAACCUUUUGUUUCUCAUAUUUUAGCUAUUGAGGAUUACGCACUGUUAAAAUACUUACUGACCUGGGUUAAUAUUAGGUACAUAUUUUAGCAUAAUUUCCCUUCUUUUCAUGGUUUCUUGUUUUUUCUUUUUUUUCCCCUUCCCUCCCCUUUUGUCUUGUUUGGAGGCUGGGGAGAAGCCUGUGGAUCUUCUCUUUUGUGUGGUUAUACUUUUCCCCCCUGUGUGCAGUCCCGAGUUUCUCCUCAUGGUCCUUGGGGUAGAGCUUUAUCUGUUUGUUAAGGCAAAUGUAGACUGCGACCCACCUUGCAUCAACCCACGCUCAUCCCAGCUGAACAAUUUGAAAACUGUUCUGCCUUUUUGUUACAUGAAUCUGUCAGAAAUAUAUUUUUAAUUUAAUAUAAAUGAAAUUCAAUAAAAUAUGAAACAAAACG